GUCGAUUCCGGUGUGAAGUUAUGCACAAACAAGUUUCAGGAUGAACACUGAAAUGCAGUUAGCAGUUGUGCUGGUUUUGGAAAUUGUUGCACAUGUAUACUGUGGCCAGAACCUUGCGCUGAAUAAACCGACAUGGAUGAGUGCCGUGUAUGCGGGGAGUUCAAUCUCUUCCGCUGCUGAGAAUUCAGUAGAUGGCCAUCUUGGAACAAACUGGCAUCAUGGAGUCUGCAGUUCCACAGCUGACAAUGACAGAUCACCUUGGAUUGUCAUAGAUCUCCUGGGUCAGUACGAAGUCCACAAUGUCACCAUCUACAACAGAGGUGACCAUGUCCCUGAGCGCCUUCAUGACUUUGUCAUUGAAGUCUACAGGACAAACCCAUCUCGAUGUUCAACAGCUGCUGCAACCGUCUGUAAAGCCUAUGUUGGUGUGUUUGGCCUUACUGGAAACGUCCAAUGUGAGAGUUCAGUGUUGGGAAGGUUUGUUCGGAUUUGGAAACCUGCGACUUCACAGUUUAACGAUCUCCUGACAGUCUGUGAAGUAGAAGUAUAUGGAAUACGCCCAGGUGCAUGUAUUCCGACUUGGCAUCAAGGAGUACGUGGAAAGCACCUGCUCUCCCCUGGUGCUGCGUCCUUUCCCCAGCAGUCAAGGAUGACGUGUUUCCUUCUUUGUGUGAUGUCCGAGACCUGUGUUGGUGUCAACUACAACGGUGGAUCAAAGGAGUGUCAACUCAUCUCCAAACCGAUGCCAACUGACCCGGUUUCCUUAAACCAAGACUGGGUCUUCUUCGGUGAUGAUUUGUGUUAAGUCAAACCUUUACUUCAGUUUUAUAAACAAAAUUUGCAAAUUACAAAUCACGACAUUUGGUUCAACAGUUUAACUGAAGCUCAAAUAUUCCCAUUUCUGUUACAUUGAUAGAUAACCAUGACGGUCUUGUGGUGUGUGCUCCUGUGCAUAGAGCCCAGGUGACAAUUCAGUUAAAGUAUAGCAACACUGGUCAUGUGAAGUACUAAGAUAGAUGACCGUGUUAGGCAUAUUAACUCCGGCGAUUUUUUGGAACUUCAGUCCUGCCCUGUGGUACAUGUGGGUUUGUUCAAAAUUGCAACUGUUCAGCCAGCAGUGAAUGGGUACCCGGUUGGAUACGUUCUAUGACUGUUGGCCUUCUGGUGAUGACAGGCAACACUACCUGGCUGUUGGUAGAGUGAGACAAAACACGAAGAAGUGAUCUCUGGCUCUGAUCAAAGACAGUUUAUUCGUCUAUGUCUGUUUCUGCGGCAAUGGUUCUACUUGGUAUAACAACAAGCCUAUGGAGAAUACACAAGCUACAUUCGUGCCUGCUCUCUGCUGUCGAAACAGGGAGGCAACGAGCUUGCAGAACAGCGCAAACCUUUCAACAUACGGGAUGUAAUGUUGCUAUCAGAAAAUAACUUCUCCAUGUAGAAUGAGUCAAGCACAUUGAUUCCUUUGCUUCAGCUGUUUCAGAAGCUGUUUCAGACCUUUUUUCAGUGAAUUUUGUUUAGGUUAAUGAUGGGAAGGAUUUAUUGUCAUCUUUGUGUACAUGCAGCCGUUUCACCCGGAACCAAUAUACGAUUCGAAAAUGCAUAGAAAAUAAAGAAGGAAACUUUGGAAACCAUCGAAAUUCGCUGCUGUCGUUAAUGUUAAUCUGCAUUUUGUCAUAACAUACCAUGUAUAUAUACUUGUCACCGUUUGGUUUUAGGCACUUUUAGCUUGAUAAUGGUGUAAGAACCGUACAUGAGGAGAUCAAAGGGCUUCACAGGUUAAUCAGCCGAAACACCUUACUUAUGUUGUCACGAUAUGCAUAAGACAAUCUGAUCAGCGACUUCAUAGUCAUUGCUGAACCAUUUGUACCCAAUAAAUGAUAUACUGUCAACAAUAUACAGAGUAAUGUUGCACAAAUGGAGACAGUCGAAUAUAUGGAAGAUGUCGUGAUGCUAGCUGUGUCGAAAAACAACUUCAGCUCAGUCGCUUAACAACUAGUCUAGUUACUAGCGAAGGCUACAUAUGUAUGGAUUCCAUUCAAAGUCCUCUCUUUAUGUCUGACUGUUGACACACAAUCUAAUUGAUUUACUUUUGUAGACAUUUGUUCAAACUCUGUAGAAAAUUCGGUUUCUUGCAAAUAAACAUUAGACAUCGUGCUGCUA